UUAACUUUUAUUUUCUGUCAAAUUUAGCAUCUUACUUGGUUCCUAUUUUUAUGAUUUUCCUGUUUAGGUUAUGUUUUAUCAUUGUUUAAAUCCAUUACUAUUGCAAAAUUUUACAUCUAUAUUUUUUUGUAUUAUUUAGUUCGUUCUUAUAUUAUUAGUACUCGAUACACAUAAUUGUAAUUAUUUUGUGUACUUUUCUGUUAUAGUGACAAUGGCAGAAACAAAGAUCACUUUCAUUAGAGACUUGGACAAUAUGAAUGAUGAUUACACACUAAAAGUGUCAAUUAUCCGGCUGUGGAAAUCGCUUUCAGAUGGCAACCCCACUAUUGUCAGAUCAAUUGAGAUGAUACUCAUGGAUGAAAUGUGUACAAAAAUCCGAGCAAGUGUGUAUCCAAGAGAUUUUCAAAGGUUUGAGUCCAAAUUGAAAGAAGAUCAAGCUGUUUACAUCCGGUCCCCCACUAUCGCUCCUAACAAAUACACUUUUAAAAUAAGUGAUGUAACCUCCAAGUUAAAUUUCCAUAGAAGAACAACUGUUAACGAGUGUCUACACUUUCAAUCCAAAACAAAAUAUGGAUUUUCUUUUGUUUCUUUUGAAACAAUUAUCUCUGCAACAGCUACAUCUAAUGAAUCAAUUGAUAUUAUUGGUGAAGUUGUUUCAUUAGGAAAGCUUGAUUCCCGUGAUGUCAGCAAAUCUCUACAUAGGCUGCCUUUACAAAUAAGAAACUUAGAAGGUUUGCAGGUUAAUGUUACGUUGUUUGGAGAUAUUGCAUACCAGUUAAUUUCUUAUCUUGAAGCUCAUAAAGAAGUUGGUCGUGUGAUUGUCCUUUUGCAAUUUGCAAGAAUUAAUGUCUAUAACGGACUUCAAAACCCUUCUGCUUCUUUGACUGUUGAAAGCUCUAAAUCAUAUUCGGAAUUUGAUGACUUUUUGAAUAACUACAAAGUUAAAAAUGUUGUCGAUUUGAUAGAACCACAAGAGGUCGGCCAAUAUAUCAUUGUCGGGACCAUUUAUGGUAUUCGCCAAGAUAUUGAUUGGUAUAAAAUACCUAUUCGUGUGCAAGAUGAUUCUGGAACAAUCACUCUAACUCUCUUCGAUAGAGAUGCUUAUAGAAUCGUCAAAAAACGCGCACGUGAUCUUAUAGAUAAAAUCAAACAGGCUGGGGAUAAUCCAAGAUUAUAUCCUUACGACCUCAAAUGUUUGGAGCAUAAAAAGAUGGCUUUUAAGAUAGAUGUUAACAGUUUUAAUGUAUCCAAUAACUACAAUCGGUUUGGGAUACUUGGCUAUACGGUUGAUAGUAACGUUAUCGAUGCUUUGGAAAAAAAGUUAGCUGUCGAGGCAGGUAGUCCUGCAAAUGCUGAUGAUACAGAAAUCGCAUCUCAUGAAGUAUCUCAAGAAACAAAGUCCUUAAAGGAUGCGAUAUCGCAAACAGGUGAUAAUUUGACCCCAACAUUGCCCGACAAAUUUGAAGCUACAAGUCCGUUCAAGUAUAAUUCCCCAACAACAGUAAAAAAACGAAAUGUUGGAGAUACCAUUGAUGUUGAUGAUUAUGAUAAUGUGAAUUCAUCCACCAAGGUCCCUCGAUUGAAUUCUAAAGUUGAUGGCAACACAGGUCUAUUAAUACCAAAGCUUGAACAGUAA